AUGGCGGAUAAACCACCCAAGCACAAUAUCAAGAGCAAAAAGCAAAAACACCAGCACCCAACCGACCAGGCCUCGGCCAAAUCUGCCGCCGAUCUCUCCUUCAAGCCCUCCUCCGACGUCAAGGGACUCCGAUUCGGCGGCCAAUUCGUGGUCAAAUCGUUCACGAUCCGGCGCGCGCGGCCGCCGGAGCUCCUCCGCCUCCUGUCCAUCCCGCCGCCUCCACGGACGGCGUUCGCCUCCGCCGCGGCGUUCCUCCCGACGAACUUCACGAUCCUCGCGCACCGCGCGUGGCACACGCUCACGCUGGGCCUGGGCACGAGGAAGUCGAAGGUGGUGGUGUUCGUGUUCGAGUCGGAGGGGCUGAGGGCGGCGGCUGAGCGGCUGUGGCCGGCGGAGAUUCCGCUAGGGGAGGUGAACCGGAGGCUGAUCCGGGGGAUGGCGGGUUGCGAGAUGGCGCGGUUCAAGUUCCGGAAGGGUUGCGUCACGUUCUACGUGUACGCGGUGAGGAGGUGCGGCGGGUCAGGUUUCGGGUGCGCCGAGGAUCUGAGGGAGAUUCUGCAGGCGGUGGCGGCGCUCAAGGAUUUCCUCGACCACACGGCGAUGCUCGCCAUGCCCAACCAGAGGAGCAUAAGCUACGCGCCGCCGCUGGCCGUUGCUCAUUAA